AUGAAAUCCCGGGGAACCGUGGUGCUGGCCCUGCUCCUGAUAAUCGGCAGCGGACAGUCCACAGGAGAAGCACCGAAGGAGCUGUGCGGACACACGUGGGAAGCAAUAGACGAUGAUAGAGAAGUGCACUACAUAAUCAACAUCUGUGAAAACCUAAAAGCGAGCGAUUGUGGAGGGUUGGCCAGUUUUGUUUGUGCUCAUGAUAUCAGAAAGAAUACUUCUCAGCCCGUCGGAAUUGUACUUGUGCAAAGUGACAAUAAUGUGCUUGUGUAUAACACUUCUGUGCGCUGUCCUGGAUCUGACCAUACAGCCCAAAGUAUUAUUAACCUAGUGUGUGGGAAAUCUCUGGGAACUCCUGAAUUUGUGAAAUUUGAUGAAUGUGUAAAUUACUUUGAAUGGAGAACAUUCACUGCUUGCAAGAAGAACAAAUUUAAGCCUAUCGAAGAGGUUCCAUGUUACGUUUUUGAUGUUGAUUAUAAGAAGCAUGAUUUGAACCCGUUGAUCAGGACCUCUGGAGGAUAUUUGGUGAAUGAUUGGGAUCCUGAUUCAGAAUUGUACAUUAACGUUUGUCGAACAAUUGGAAUCUCAGAAGGAGACACAUCAGUUUGUCCAGCAGCAAGUUCUGCAUGUCUUGUUAAGGAUGGCAAGGCUUAUGAUAUUGGGCGGCCAAAGGAGCCUCUUAAAUCUGUUGUGAAAGAGAGGCUUGUUCUUCACUAUGAAACGGACACAAAGCCGCCUGAUUUUUGUAAUAAUCAUCAGCCAGCCGUAACUAUAACAUUUAUCUGUCCAACAGCGGGAACUGAGGUUACAAGCCCAAGACUAACUGCCAACACCAAUUGCCGCUAUGAGAUUGAAUGGGUCACGGAGAAUGCCUGUCACACGGAAUACCUGGAAAGCGAUGACUGCAAGCUCGUCAGCAAGGAGAGAGGCAUUUCUAUUGACCUAACCCCCCUAAAGGGAAAGUCUGCCAGUCCUUACCAUGUAGAAGAUGAAAAAGGUGAAUACGUGUAUUACCUGAAUGUUUGUGAUAAGGCAAGUGGAGGAGACUGCUCGGGUGAAAUGUCUUCCUGCCAAUAUAAGAAAUCUGGUGGCCAGAGUAAAGGUGCUGGGUCCUAUAAAAAUCAGACCCUCAGAUAUUCUGAUGGUGACAUUACUUUGACAUAUCCUGGAGGAGAAAAAUGUAGCUCUGACUUCCAGCGAAUGACUGUGAUUAAUUUUGAAUGUAAUGAAACUGCAGUGAAUGAUGGGAAAGGAGUGCCAGAAUUUGAUGGUGAAGCUGAUUGCACUUAUUUCUUUUCGUGGGAGACCAAAUAUGCUUGUCCUAAGAAGAAGGAGGACUUGUGUCAUGUUGAAAGCAAGAAAAAACACUUUAACCUUUUGGAUUUAAUCCGCAGUCCUGAGUCCAGCACAGCUCAGAACUGGGAGGCUUUAAAAACAAACCCAUCUGAUAAAAAUCGCUUCUACAUUAAUGUGUGCCAUGAGGUCUUGCAGAGAGGAGGUGCUUCUGGCUGUGAGGAUGAUGCUGCAAUAUGCGCAGUGGAUUCUGGCGGAAGGAAAAAUUUAGGAAAGUUUUUGUCUUCUCCAAAGUUAGUUGGUGAUCAUAUCGUUCUUGAAUACACAGAGGGUUCAGAGUGUGCAGGAAACAAGAGAAUUCAAACCAAUAUCACACUUAUAUGUAGUCCAGGAAACCUUGAAAGUCCUCCUAUACUGAAGCAAUCAGAUAGCUGUCUGUAUGAGUUCGAGUGGAACACUGCUGCAGCCUGUGUCCUGUCUAAAACAGAAGGAGAUAAUUGCAGAGUGUCUGAUUCUCAUGCUGGUUUUUACUUUGAUCUGUCACCACUGACCAAGAAAAGUGAAAGUUAUGUCGUUGCUACAGACCAGUAUGACUUUUAUAUAAAUGUAUGCAGCAAUGUAACACAAGAAUCUUGUGACACCAGCUCAGGAGCAUGCCAAAUGACAAAAACGAAGACUGAAAAGUGGAAUAUUGGUGUAGGGAGUUCCAAACUUUCUUACUAUGAUGGAAUGAUUCAGCUAAGCUACACUGGAGGAACACCUUACAACGAUGUAAACAAAACCCCUCGCUCGUCUCUCAUUACCUUUUUAUGUGACCGAGAUGCAGAUAUUGGCCAACCAGAAUAUCAGAAAGAAGACAAUAACACAUAUAACUUCAAGUGGUACACGAAAUAUGCCUGCCCAGCACUGUCUGUGGAAUGUAUUGUGGUGGAUGAACAGACAAAUGAACAGUAUGAUUUGUCCAGCUUAUCUAUGGUACAUGGAGUACACACUACAAACUGGUUUUCCAUGGAUGAAAGCCACGAGAGACGGAAAAAAUAUUACAUUAAUGUAUGUCGGUCUUUGAUACCCAUUACAGGGUGUGAUCCCUUCACCUCUGUGUGCCAAAUGCAAUAUACUAAAGAUGUGACAGCCGAGAGUGUGGAAAUAAGCAAUUUGGGGGUGGCAAGCAAGAAGCCUGUUCUAGAAAGUAGUGGUAAAUUGAUCCUGGAAUAUUCAAAUGGAUCUGCAUGUACCAACAUGGAGGGAGUCAAGACCACCUAUUCUUCAGUAUUACAUCUUGUAUGUAAGAAAGGGGCUACGGAUAAAAGUCCAAUUUUUGUCACAGAUAUAGAUUGUGUAGCUACAUUUCUAUGGUAUACAGAAGCUGCUUGUCCUGUUAAGGAAACACAAGGAAAAGACUGUAAAGUGGAAAACCCAAACACAGGAUUUGUAUAUAAUCUGGAAUCUUUGAGGAAUGACUCAGGAUAUGUUGCCAAAGGAAAUGGUAAAACAUACAAGCUAAAUAUAUGUGGCCCUGUGAAUGAGUGUGGUCUCAUUGAAGAUGUCAAAGCAGCUGGCUGUGAAUUUGAAAACAAUGUGCCGUCUAGACCAGUCCAGAUAAGCCAGUUGCUGGACCUUUCUUCAGAUUUCAUCUCCCUUACCUAUCAUGGAGCCUUUCAUGAAGAAGCCGGUCAAGGGGACAUGUUUACAAUAAACUUUGUGUGCAAUGAUGAUUUAUAUCCUGGGGAGCUGGUCUUUAAGAGAGAGGAAAUAAACUCUGAAACUCAUCUCUACCAUACAUUUUUUGAUUUUAAAACGGCAAUGGCUUGCUCUCCUUCUCCAGUGGAUUGUCAGGUUACAGAUACUGCAGGGAAUGAGUAUGAUUUAAGUGACCUUAGUCAGGAUGCUAAACCAUGGAUAGCUGUAGAUACAUCUGAUAGUGCCAAAAAUAGAACAUUUUACCUCAGUGUAUGCAAACCUCUUCCAGUUAUCCAAGGAUGUCCAGGGGGAGUUGUUGGGUCCUGCAUGAAGACUACAGAUAAUAAAAGCUUCAACCUUGGCUUUAUCCAGAUGAGUCCUCAGGUUUCAGCAGAUGGGACUCUUACCAUUGUCUAUAUGAGUGGAGACAAAUGUAGAGACAACAAGCAUUACUCUACACGGAUCAUUUUCCAGUGUGACCACAACAUGGGGUCCCCUGUGUUCCAAGAACUAGAUGACUGUGAAUAUGUAUUCUUGUGGAGGACGUCUGAGGCAUGCCCUGUUAUAAGAGCUGAAGGUGACAAUUGCCAAGUUACAGACCCCAAAUAUGGCCAUAUAUAUGAUUUGAAACCUCUAGGAGCAAAGAAUGUGGAAGUGAAAGCUGAUGAAUACUUAUAUCAGUUUCGUGUCUGUGGGGAAGUUACGGGAUCUUCUUGCACACCCAAAGCACCUAGCGGGACAACCGUUUCCUCCUGCCAGGUCAAGGGAUCCACAGCACAGCUGGCAGGAUUAACCAACCAAAAGCUGAUAUAUGAAAAUGGCCUCAUCAUGAUAAAUUAUAUAGGAGGAGAUCUCUGCCACCAGAAGCAUAACCGUACAACACUUAUUCUCUUCUACUGUGAUAAGACAGAAGAGCAGCCUGUUUUUAUGAAAGAGACUACGGACUGCAUAUACAUGUUUCAGUGGCGCACACCGCUUGCCUGCCCUCCCUUCAAACCCAUUGACUGCUCCUUCAAGGACACCGUGGGGAAUUCAUAUGACCUGUCUGCACUAUCACAUUACACUGAAAACUGGGAAGCCGAAGUGCUCUCUGGCUCAAACCGAAAGUACCAUCUAAAUAUUUGCAAGCCUUUAGUGCCUGAAUCUGGACUGGCCUCCUGUCCAUAUGGUGCUGCUGCCUGUCUGAUUGAUGGUACAAAGGCUAUAAGUUUGGGAAAACCUUCAUCCAGUCCUAGAUGGGACGAUGGUGUUGCUGUCCUUCAGUAUACAAAUGGAGACCGCUGUCCUGAUGGUUUGAGGAACAGGACAGCCACCAUACGUUUCAUGUGCGAUUUAAACCAAGUCUUUUCCAAACCUCAGCUGAUUACAGCUUUAGACGACUGUGAAUAUAACUUUUUGUGGAUCACACCAGCCGCCUGUAAACUGAAGAUAAAUACACACGAUGACUGCAAAGUUACAAACCCUGCAACAGGUUAUCUUUUUGAUCUGUCAUCAUUAUUAAGCAAGGACGGUUACGUUAUUAGGGAUCGUGAAAGAUCAAUAAAGUUGAAUAUUUGCACUGGUGUUAAGCCAGAGCUUUGCGAUUCUGGAGCUGGAGUGUGUGUAUCGGAAGGUGGAAAGCAUUGGAAUGCAGGAAAGGCCCAUAGCCGGCUCACCUACUCAGAUCAGGUGCUGAGGCUAGUUUAUGAUGGUGGUGACCAGUGCAUCAAGAACCCAUCGGUCAGACACCAGAGUGUUUUCACCUUUGUGUGUGGAUCAGACCCAGCAACUGGCAGCCUACCAUCCUUUGUGUCCUUCAGUGAAGACACAUGUACCUGGCAGUUCUCAUGGCAUACGUCUCUGGUCUGUGAGAAAGAGAUGAAAUGCUCGGUGCAGAAUGGCACAUCCAAUAUUAAUCUGGGUCCCUUGAUAAAGCAUGUGGGUUCUUAUGAGGUCCUGCAGAGCAAUCACGAGGCUGAUUCUGCAGUUUUUUACAUAAAUUUAUGCCAGCCUCUAAAUGAAGUUGUUGGUGCAAAAUGUCCACCAGGAGCAGCAGCUUGCAGGGUCGGAUCUAACGGAGAUCCAAUUGAUAUUGGCCACCCUACUAGUCCUCAGAUUGACCCUGCAACACAAACUGUCUCAAUAAAAAUGGACAGCUCGGCACAAUGUGAUACGGACAAACAGUUAAACUAUUCUACCAUCAUCAUCUUUCGUUGCAACAAGGGGAUAGAUCCGGGAAGCCCAAAGUUUGUCCAGGAAGCUGACUGCAAUUAUGUGUUUGAGUGGGGCACACCAUUAGUGUGCUCGGAUGAGGAAAUAAUAUCUGGAUGUUCCCUGAUGGACCAGCAGCUUCAUUACACAUUUAACCUGUCCAGCCUGUCUGUGAAGACCUACUCAACUUCAGGUUUAAACCCUUACUACAUUGGAGUAUGUUCAGCAGCAGGAAAAAUACCAUCUGGUAAAUGUGAUGGCGCUGUGUGCCUUCAGUCAGGGAACACUGCUUAUUCCUACGGAAAUAGAAUGGCAAUGAAAAUGGAGUAUCGCCAUUUAGAAGAGAUGUUAGUUCUUCAAUAUGCUGAAGGAGAUCCUUGCCCACCAGUGACAGAAAGUGGUGAUGUAUGUAUCCUGCCAUUUACAUAUAAAGGAAAAGCUUAUAGCACAUGUAUUUCUGAAGAUAAGGAUCGGCUAUGGUGUCCUACCUCCUCAGAUUUUGAGAAAAAUGGAAAAUGGGCUUAUUGUUCAAAAGCAACUGAUAAGAGAAGUUCUACAAUCUUUUUUAAAUGUGAUGAGGAUGUUGCAAAUGGAGCACCUGCUUUGGUCACUGACACCAAGAGCUGCUCAGCUACAUUUGAGUGGAAAACACAGCUGGCAUGUAUUCCAAGGAAGUUAGAUUGCAAGUUCAUUAUCAAUCGCAAGACCUAUGACCUGAGGAUGCACUCCUCCUUGACUGGAUCCUGGUCUUUUGCUUCAGAUGGUAGCACGUAUUAUCUAAACCUUUGUCAGCGGGUGAACCAGGGUCCUAGUGCUUGCUCAGCGAGUGCAAGUGUGUGCCAGGAAAGGAACGGCAAAGUUCAGGUUUUGGGGCAGGUUCACACACAGAAUGUUACUGUGAAGGGUGAUAUAGUGUCAGUGACUUAUUCUGGUGGAGAUGCUUGUGGAAACGACAAAAGAUAUUCUACUACGAUAGAACUGACAUGUGCAAAUGUAACUGGAAAACCAACGAUUAAAAAAUAUAACUCAGAGUCUUGUCAGUACAUAAUUACUUGGGAGACGAGAGCAGCUUGUGCUGUUAUUCCAAAUGAGGUUGUGAUGACACAAGGGAUAAUACGUGGGGACAAUGGUGCAAGGGUGAACUUGUCAAACAUCUAUACCAAAUCAUACAAUGCCAGUGGGGAUGUAAGGGUGAAAGAUCAGUAUAUGUAUGAAAUUCAGCUUUCUGGUAGAGAAAACUCUGCCUAUCAGACUUGCAAAGGAGCUAGCGUAUGCCAAGUGAAGAAAAAUGGACAGUUCACAAGAGCAGUCGGUGCUUCCAACAAAGCCAAGUAUUAUAUUGAUGAUGAUAGUUUAGAAGCCGUUUUCACUUCCAACUCAAAGUGUGGUAAAGAUCCCCAAAAGAAUGCAACUUCCACCAUAUUCUUCCACUGCAGUCAAACCGAGGGGGAAGGGAGACCGGAAUUCCUGCACGAAACAGCCGAUUGCCAGUAUUUGUUCUCCUGGUACACAGCUUCCGUGUGUUCACUGAUGCCAGAGAGUUCUGGAAGUACUACAGACAAGCCAGAUGGAGAGCAUCAGAAUCAAUACCAAGGCCUGUCUGGCAGAAGCCAAGCUGUAGGAGCUAUUCUCAGUAUUCUUUUAGUGAUCCUCGUCGCCUGUCUGGUGGUGUUGUUAUUGUACAAAAAAGAGAGAAGGGAAACCGUGAUGUACAAAUUAACCAACUGCUGUAGAAGGAGUUCCAGUGUGUCCUAUAAAUACACAAAGAUCAACACAGAAGAAGAAAUGGACAACGAAACUGAGUGGCUUAUGGAAGAAGUGUCUGGAGGCCACUCACAGCCUCACCACGAGAACGGCCAUGUCAGAAGCGUGAAGGCUGGGGCGUUCACAUCAUUGCAUGUGGAUGACCUCGACAGUGAAGAUGAGGUCCUGACCGUACCAGAAGUCAGAAUACAGUCGGCAAGAAACCAGAAGAAGAGUGAAAAACAGCCAAUAGCCACAUAUCCUUCCGGCAGUGACGAGAACUUGAUAGGAGUUUUUAACGGAGGGCAAGAAAAGACUAGAAAGUCGAGAUCUGGCCAACAAAAUAAAGAGGACAAGCUGAAUGUAGCUUCGUUUCAUGACGACAGUGACGAGGACAUGCUUAACAUUUAGUGCCAGCUGCAUUUUCAAUCUCUGCUCCUAACUGUGCCUAAAAUAACAUUGUUUAAAUGGACAAUGCUACUGCAACCAAAUACGCAUAACUCAACCUGUUUUCUUUUGACCUUUUAAUGGGUUGAGCCUAAAAUGUAGAUAUUAGGGAAGACAGGGAUCUUUUCUUUCUCUUCAGUUUACAGCGAUAAUCAGAUGAUGCGGAUUAACCCUUUCUGCACUGAAGACUCUUAGGGAAGCUUUCUGUGCAGCAUUUCUGCGUACCCCUGCACUAAAUGCGAUAUGUAAUCAUUGGGAUUCUGUUUUUGUUUGGUUUUUCUAAGUACGGGAGCUGGCAUCUUCUUGUUCUAUGUAAAUUACUCUUUGUAAUCAAUGAAAGACUGAAGAUACAAGUUAAAUCUAUAUGUUGGAUCCUCUGCCACUGGAUGACAUCAACAAAGUUUGACUACUAUUUAUUCACUUGAACUACAACUCAGGUUGGCUGAACAUAGCAGCAAGUUAAUCCUGCUGGCAGGGCGGUACUGCAGAACUCAAUGAAGGGGACAGAUCCCAUCUAUAUUUAGGAAAUGCACUCCUAUAUACUUGUAAUACUUGUCUUGAAACCAGAGUUUAAUUUAAAUGUGUUGAUAACAUCCUUUUUUGGAUUCCAUACCGAAGAAUGCAGUGAAUAAUUCUACAUUUUUUUUUUUUUUUUCUUCUUUUUAAAAUAAUAAACAUAAAAUCGCUGCUUUACUGUGCACAAUAUCCAAUUACAGAAUGAAGGUAUUGAACUGUGUUUAUUAGAAAUAACUUAAUGUCUUGAAGUGGUAUAGUCUGUGUUCAGCUUAAAAUCAAAGCCAUUGACAUUUUUGUAGUUCAUUUAAUAUUUUUGGACAUUUUGUUUUCUGCCAAAAUUUCUGCCACAGUGUAUUCAUGUAGUCUGAAAUGGAAACCCUAUGGAAGCCUGAAAUUGCACAUUUGAACUUUGAUUAGGUGAUCUUGAAGGGAACAAGUUUAAAACCGACUAAAAGUCU